AUGCUCGAGAUGGGCGUGCAGAGUGGCGGCUCGGCGCGGCUUUGGAAGCAGUGGUACGGCUCACAGCUGACUUACGUGGGUGUGGAUAUCGACGCUCGGUGCAAGCGCUCGGAGGUGCCAGCCGAGCGCAUUUUCAUCGAGAUUGGUUCGCAGCUCGACCCAGCCUUCCUGCGCUCGGUUUGCGCCAAGCACGGCCCCUUUGAUGUCGUCAUCGACGACGGUGGCCACACCGCCGACAUGAUGCGAGUCUCGCUGAGCACGAUUCUCCCGGAUCGCACGUGCGUCAAGGACGGGGCGACGUAUGUGGUCGAGGAUCUCGAUGUCAUGGCCAGGUGCGACCGCGGCUACUGCGAGAAGCCAAGGGACGUGUACGACCUCGUCGGUCGCUCCUUCUACGGGAUGCACCGUGAACACCACGCGCCGCGUCACGACCACGCCCACCACGCCCGCCACCCCGCCAAGCUGCAAGACCCGACCGUUGAGGAGCCGCCUCCAUGGGCAAAGCACAUCCGCGCGAUGACCCUGUACCAAUCAAUGGCGUUCUUCGAGCGUGGCAGGACACCUGGCCUCACGCGCGUCACGCGAGGCAGCGAUCGCUUCCCGAAUAUCGAGCGAGAGCUCAACAAGCAGGGAACGUAUCGUAACGAUUUCAGCGCGGGCGUAUCGUAA